GCCUCUGCCUAUGUACUUAUCAAUCUAUCAUACUGGAGAUGACGUUUGAUAUGGUUUGAUAACGUUGAUGACAAGCAAUGAUGAGUGAUAAUGUAAAUUGACCGUGUAAUUUUCCCAGGCCACUUGGAAAAUAAUAGUACAAUGCUUCAACCGGUAUUACCAGAAAAUUAUUUGUCAAUUUAUGUUAUAAGCCUCGAAGGUAACAUCACAAACAUUAAAGCAAAACCAGACUUUACUAUAGAAAUAAUCAAAACAGCUGCAGUGAAUUAUUUUUAUAGUCAUGAUAAAACAAAAUUACAGCUCCAAUUCCGCUUAGUACAUUCAUCCAAGUUUAAACAACUUGUAGAUGACCGUAAUAUAAACGACGAAGAAAUUAGCGAAAAUGAUACAUUACUAUUAGUUGAAAUUCGUCCAGUACCUGUAAAAGAAAACAUGCUCGAAGAAACAUUAAAAGGUCCAAACGAAGAAGCAAUAUUACAAGUAACUAGUAAUUUACCAAUAUGUAAUCCACCUCGACCUAUGUCAUACAGUGAUUGUUGUGUGGAACUUCAGAGCGAAUUACGGAAAAUCUUGAUAUCUCUUGUAAAAGCAUCAGCAAAAAUUUUGAUGUAUAGUUCAGAAACGCAAAGGCUUUACGAGAUUUUACAAGAAAAAUUCAAAGCUAAAUGUAAACCAACUAUCGACCAAAAUACUGUGAAAACUCUUAUGGAAAUGGGUUAUUCUCAUAAGAAAGUUUUAAAAGCUCUUUGUUUACGAAAAUCAAAUAUAACAGAAGCAUUGACGUGGCUAAUAGACCAUCAAAAUGAUCCAGAUGACGAUGAUGAUAACGAUAAGGAUUUAGACCUGUUAACUAUUGAAAGAGAUACCGAUAAAUAUGUUGCAGAUCCCAGUUCGUCUACUAGUGCCAGAAAGAAAUCUUUAAAAGAUACAUGUAUUGAAUUAUUUAAAGGAGAAAGUCAAAGUUUGAAGAAAGAUGGGAACUUAGUCAGUAUAGUAGAUCUUCUACUAGAAAUUUUUCGUCGCUAUAAGAAAAUGGAUUUCAAACCCGAUUCUAAAGCGGUACAAUUACUUCUAGAAAUGGGAUUCGAAGAAACAAGUAUUAUUGAUGCACUAAAAAUUACUGGAAAUGAUCAGACUAAUGCUUGUGAAUGGUUGCUCGGAGAACGAAGGCGUAGUUUACAGGAUUUAGGUGAAGGACUCGAUCCUGAGAGUCCAAUUUAUAAAGCGAUUAUGAAUAGUCCGCGGGUUCAGUUAAGUCUUACGAACCCUAGAAUGUUGCUAGUUGUACAGCCACCAGUGACAUUAUUUAUGGGAGUCGAUAAAUAUGAAAAUGAAGAUCUCAUAAAGUGGGGAUGGCCAGAGGAUGUCUGGUUUCACGUGGAUAAAUAUUCUUCGGCGCACGUAUAUCUUCGUCUUCAUCCGGGUCAAACGAUAGACGACAUACCGAGUACAGUUUUAGAAGAUGCUGCGCAAUUAGUAAAAGCGAAUAGUAUCGAUGGUAAUAAGAUAAACGAUGUUGAUGUAGUAUAUACAAUGUGGUCCAAUUUAAAAAAGACUCAGGGUAUGGAAGUAGGUCAAGUUGGUUUUCAUAAAGACAAAGAUGUUUAUAAAAUUCAUGUUUCCAAACGAAUAAACAGUAUUGUCAAUCGAUUAAUUAAAACUAAACGUUCGGAACAAGUAAAUUUUAGAGCGGAAAGAGAACAACGCGACAGAAACGAACGAGAAGAUAAAAAGAAACUUAUGAAGGAACAAAAAGAACAGGAGAAAGCAAAAGAGAAGCAAAGAAAAGAGGAAGCAGAUAUGAGGAGUUACAAUUCUUUGUUCAAUACAUCUAAUAUGAUAUCGAACACGGAGAAUAGCGGAUAUGAUUCGGACGAUUUUAUGUGAUGAAAUUGUUUGCGUUAUUCGUAAUCUGUGCCUAACAUACUAACGUAUUAAUAGUCUUGAAAAAUAGAAAAUUACGUUUGAAACAGAGAACACUUAUGACUUAAAAAUUCAAGACUUAUACCGCUUUAAUGUAUGGAAUGUAAACUACAAGUACAAAUGUACAAGUACAAGUACCAGUACACUGUUAAUUUACUAUCUUCAUUGAUAAUCGAAGUUCUUAUUAAUUAAAUUAAUUGGAGAUGUAUGUUUCUGUGAGAAUUAAUUAAGUAUUUAUGUAUAGUAUAUUUAUAAAAA